AUGCGGCUCUUCCUUCGCCUUGCCCUUGGCCUCGUUGCUGCGGCCCAUGUUGUUCUGGCGAGCUCGCCCACAGGCUUGACAGUUCAUUUGGAGCGACGUAACUUUCUCCUUAAUGACGACAACACGGUGAACUUCAAGGCUGUAGCGAACCAUGCUAAACAGCUUAGUCACAAGUACAAUUUUUUGAUGAAGAAGUUCAAGGAUAACAUGGGCAAGGACCACCCCCUUCUCAAUGCGCUUGUCGAAGCCCUAAGCAAGCGUGGCGAGGGUGAGGUUGGUCUCACUGAUAUCCGCAGCGAACUUCUUUGGGCUGGUGAGAUCCAGUUUGGCAACUCGAAGUUCAAAAUUGAUUUUGACACCGGUUCUGCUGACACGCUUGUCAAUCCUGGUGCCUAUGAACCGCGCAAAUCAUCCUCCUCCAAAAAGACGUCCGACGAGUUUGAGACUUCGUAUGCCGAUAACACUCGUGCUGUUGGUGCCAUUUACACGGACGAUAUGGUCUUUGGCGGUUUGAAAGCCAAGAAUGUGGCUAUUGGUCUCUCGAGGUCCAAAUUUUCCGAUGACGGCGAAAGCGUUGGUAUUGCUGGUCUGAGCUUCCCUUCUAUCCAGGCCUUUCCGAAGAAGUAUGACCCGAUCUUUGUGGCUCUUAUGCACCAAAAGGCCGUGGCUGAGCCUGUUUUCCAGUUUACGUUGAAGCCUGGCACCGGUUCUACCUUGCACCUUGGGGGUGUCGACUACUCCAAGGUGAAAGACAAAAUCGACUAUGUUAAUGUGAACCCUGACGACGGUUUUUGGAUCACCGAUGGUUCCGUGCAAGGUGUGAAAACCAAGUUUGUCAUUGACUCUGGCACUACUCUUAUUAUCGGUCCUAUGGAUCAGGUACUUGAGGUCAUUUCGAAGUUGCCGGGUGUCACCCCACACUAUAACCUCGAUUCUCUUCAAGCCACCUUUGAUUGCUCACGCCCACCGACAGUCGAUUUUGAGAUCAACGGCAAAAAGUACAAGCUUGACAAGCAGCAGGCUUCAUACGGCACCUCCUUUGGCCGUUGCGUUCUCAGCAUCAUGGGACAGCGGGGUUUGCCUAUGCACGCUUGGGUCUUGGGUGAUGCUUUCAUGCAGGGCGUGUCAGUUGUAUUUGACAUGGGUCGCAAUCGUAUGGGCUUUGCUCCUAGCGCUUAG